AUGGCAAGUCCUGGUGAAACAAUAAUAUUUCGCGAUCGAGUUGAUGCUGGUCGUCGAUUAGCAGCUCACAGUGAAUUACAAAGAGUGAAAUCAUUGUCACCAGAUGAAAAAGAUUCACAUCUUGUUAAUAGUUUACCACGUGGUGGUACAGUUGUCGGCGAUGAAGUUGCUAAACUAUUAGGAAUAACUCAUGAUUUAGUAUUUCCAAGAAAAAUUCCAUGUCCAGGAGAUGUACAAGAGAGUAAAAACAAACAAAUUGAAGAAGCUCGGCGACGAAAACAAGUUUAUCGCGGAAAACGUCAACCACUGAAUGACUUAAGUGGAAAAACAGUUAUAUUAGUUGAUGACGGGUUAGCUACAGGUGCAACAAUGAAAUCAGCUAUAAAUACUUGUAAGCAUUUGAACGCUAAAUCGAUAAUUGUUGCUGUUCCAUGUGGUCCUGCCGAGGGUGUCGAGGAAAUUCGUCCAUUAGUUAAUAAAAUAAUAUGUCUGACAACACCAUAUGAUUAUUAUGCUGUUGGACAAUGUUACAAUACAUUUCCACAAACAACUGAUGGAGAAGUUAUUGAAAUCAUGAAAAAAUAUCAAGAUUUAACUCAUACAAAUACUCAACGAAGGUAUGCAUUAAACAUCUGUAGAAGUAAAUCGAAGUGA